UAGUAGUUGUGAGUCGUCAACAGCGGAACUAGCGCAGAAGAAAUCGACUUGUUGUUUGGGAACCUGCAUGCAAAGCUGCCGUUGUACUUCUUCAGCGGCUAUUAUAGCAUUCGUAUUGCUAGAUAAGACAGCGGCUCUGAAGCGCUGGACCCGUAAACCUCUCAGAUUUCCCGGUGGUCGUCAGGUAACGUCAGCUGAUCAUGAACGUGGCGAAGAGUGGUUACCACGUUUUCUGUGCCAACUCCACGCCCGCGUGCACUGAGCUCUCUAAGAAGAUUACCGAGCGUCUUGGAGUUGAACUGGGGAAAUCUGUGGUUUACCAGGAGUCCAACAGAGAAACGAGGGUUGAGAUCAAAGAGUCUGUGAGAGGCCAAACGAUCUUCAUCAUCCAAACCAUUCCCAGAGAUGUCAACACUGCCAUCAUGGAGCUGCUGAUCAUGGCCUAUGCCCUGAAGACCUCCUGUGCCAAGAACAUCAUCGGCGUGAUCCCGUACUUCCCCUACAGCAAACAGUGUAAGAUGAGGAAGAGAGGAUCUAUCGUGUGCAAACUGCUCGCGUCCAUGUUAGCUAAAGCAGGUCUGACUCAUAUAAUCACCAUGGAUCUGCACCAGAAAGAGAUCCAGGGCUUCUUUACGUUCCCCGUGGACAACCUGCGGGCUUCUCCGUUCCUGCUGCAGUACAUUCAGGAGGAGAUUCCUGAUUAUAGAAAUGCUAUAAUUGUUGCCAAGUCUCCAUCUGCUGCAAAAAGGGCUCAGUCGUAUGCGGAGCGUCUGCGUCUCGGCCUGGCCGUCAUGCACGGGGAAGCUCAGUGUUCAGAGUCAGACAUGGCAGAUGGGAGGCAUUCUCCUCCGUGUGUCCGCAACACCAUCGGUCACCCUGGACUGGAGCUGCCAUGCAAACAACAAGCUCCGUUCCCAGGCAUAGAGCUCCCAAUAAUGAUGGCCAAGGAGAAACCACCCAUCACUGUUGUCGGAGAUGUUGGAGGCCGCAUCGCCAUCAUUGUCGAUGAUAUCAUCGAUGAUGUGGAGGACUUUGUGGCAACAGCUGAGAUUCUGAAGGAGAGAGGAGCUUAUAAGAUCUACGUCAUGGCCACCCAUGGCCUCUUGUCUGCAGACGCCCCGCGCCUCAUCGAGGAGUCCGCCAUAGACGAAGUUGUGGUGACCAACACUGUCCCUCACGAGGUGCAAAAGCUCCAGUGUCCUAAGAUCAAGACAGUGGAUGUCAGUAUGAUCCUGGCCGAGGCUAUCCGACGCAUUCACAAUGGGGAGUCCAUGGCCUACCUGUUCCGCAAUAUCACAGUAGACGACUAGCCAACAAGCACAUUAGAGACAGAGGGAGGUGGGCCAAUGAAGUUCCCCAUUCCCAACACUUCAAUCCCCUUCAUUCCUCAAAGAAAACCCUUUUAUUCAGCAAAACAAUUGAAAUAAACUUCCAUUGCCAGGUGAUAUAAAAUAAAUGAAGACGUACUUAAACCUUUAAAUUCAAGCAGUCCCCGGUGUGCAGAUAUGAACAUAGAUAUGAAAUGAUAAUCCAAUGCAAACAACAUUUAUGAAAGUGUUUUUUUUUAUUUUUUUUUAAGUUUUACUCUGCAGUAAAAUCAACAGUUUCAGAUCUAAUGGUAAAACUUUACAAUAAGAUUAAUUAAUCAACUUAUAUAAACUAGCAAUUAGCUGUUAAUUUGUUAUAGAUUUUAAUAUUAGUAAAUAUUGAACUUGAAGUGAUGAAUCAGAAGUAUUCUUAUUUGUUAGUUGAUGUUAACUAGUGUUAACAUCUGGAAUCAUAUUGUAAAGUGUUACACAUCUACUUUACUGUUAGAAAACUGAUGAUUUUACUGCUUACCAGUAUUUCUGGUCCAUUUUGGUUUAAUUGUGCCAUAGCUGCUUCAUUUUUGGAUGAGCCAUCCCUUUCAUUUUGAAGUCUUUUUCAUAUUUACUCGUCUCCUAAACAUGUAUGACGUUUGUCUGUGUAACACAAAAGGCAAACCGUCCAUUUUUGCUAAUAUUAUAAGAGUGUCCAGCAUAUAUUUCUGUUGUUCCAUGUGAGAGUCAAAGUCAUACAGGAUUGGAGUGUGAAUACAGUAAAUAUUGAUUUUUGCGUGAACUAUUCCUUAAACACUUAAAAUCUACGGUCCACAUUAAGGAAUCAAAAUAUAGUAUGUUACAGAAAAUGCUGGUUUCUAAAUGGUUUUAUUUGGUCGACUCCAGACGACAAACAGAUGAGCUCUAAAUGAACCAAGUACUGUGCAUACUUCUCAUAAAACGCAUCUGUACUCCUACAUAACAAAACUAAGCCAGCAAAAAUGGCAUGUUCCUCAGUUUCAGUCGAUUACAUUUGUGUGCUAACUGUAAGAUCUGCAUUGCAUUUGGGUUUGAUCUUAAAUGAACCAUGUUAGCAAUAGGCCAGUUAUAUACUGCAGACAUAUUAGCAUAUCUAAAUUCAGUAUACUGUGAUCACUUGGCUUGGUAUCAGUGACAUCCACCCAAUCAGAUAAAACCAUUUCGCUUUUGCUUCCUGAUGAAACCUCAGCGGAGGUUGGGACAGGAUUGUAAAACCGAAUGGUAAGCUGAUAACCACAAUGCAUGAGUUUCGAGCUGUCGGGUCAGUGUUCGUUUGAAGCACAGCUACACUUCUUUCUUUUAACAAUGUUUUCCACUUCUCUAUGUUCCUCAUCAACUAGCCGUUUCUCAGUGCCUCACUCUGUGAGAGCGAGUCUGGUUGCUAUGGCAACCUUAUUCAGAGCUGUUCUAGCUAUAUUUUUGCAUUAGCGCAAAUAUGGUCCAACCUUACGGAGAACAUACGUUUUUGCUACAAUGUGUUGAAUCUGUUGUUGCUUUGCUAUCUUAUUUUUGUAAAUAAACACAAGUGAUUUGCUUCA